GGCGGGCCUGGCAGCGGGGCCCGCGCGGCGGGGGAGCGCAUGAGCCGCCGCAGCUAGCCUCUUCUUCCCCGCCCACCGCCUGCGCUGGGCCGUCGGGACCCGGCCGGGAGGGGCCGCAGGAUGUUCUCUAAGAAGCCGCACGGGGACGUGAAGAAGUCCACCCAGAAGGUGCUGGACACCAAGAAGGACGCGCUGACCCGCCUCAAGCACCUGCGCAUCGUCAUCGAGAAUGCAGAAUCUAUUGACCUUAAACAGUUUUUUGACCAACAUUUUUCACAUAUAUACUAUGUGUUUUUUGAAAAUUUUGUGACUAUUGAAGCUAGUCUUAAACAGAAAGGUCACAAGUCUCAAAGAGAGGAAUUGGAUGCUAUACUUUUUAUUUUUGAGAAAAUUUUACAACUCCUUCCAGAAAGAAUUCAUCAGCGAUGGCAAUUUCAUAGUAUUGGAUUGAUUUUAAAGAAACUACUCCACACAGGAAACUCCUUAAAGAUCAGACGGGAAGGUGUUCGUCUCUUCUUGUUAUGGUUGCAAGCUCUUCAGGAUAACUGUAGCAAAGAACAGCUCUGGAUGUUUUCAUGCUUGAUCCCUGGAUUUUCAGCACCACAAUCUGAAUAUGGACCUCGAACUUUAGAUAAUCUUAUUAAUCCUCCACUCAACCUUCAAGAAACUCAAGUAACUAUAGAGGAAGUCACCCCUCUUGUUCCCCCGCAGUCAGGAGAUAAAGGACAAGAAGACCUCACAAGCUAUUUUCUUGAAGCACUUUUAAAAUACAUAGUAAUUCAGGUAAAAAGUUUAGAAUGGAAGAACAAAGAAAACCAAGAAAGAGGAUUUUCAUUUUUGUUUUCACAUUUUAAGAAGUUUUACUUGCCUUAUAUUUUCCCAAACAUCUGCAAGGAGAAUAGUUUAUAUCAUCCUGUACUUGAUAUCCCACAGAUCAGACCAAAGCCUCAUUACGUGAUGAUAAAGAAGGAUGCUGAAACCAAUGAAGCAAUAUACUGUACAAAAGAGCCUUUCAUCCAAGCACGGGUUAUUGUCAUUCGUUGGCUGGUUUCUUUCUGGCUGGAGCCAAAACCACAUUCAGGACCUAAUAUUCCUGGGAUGGAAGGUGAAGUCUUGCCAAAGAAUAUUCAGAGAGCAGCUGCUAGUUUGGUAUCCAGAGAAGAAAACAAAAAUGAUAAUGUUGAUAAAGCAGACAAAACAACAGAACCCGAGCAGUCUCAUUCUAAUACAAGCACCCUCACGGAGCGAGAACCCAGCUCUUCUAGUCUCUGUAGCAUCGACGAAGAGCAUCUCACAGACAUUGAGAUUGUCCGCAGAGUGUUUUCAUCUAAAAGAAGCAAUGUAAACUUUGUCACAGAGAUAUUUCGUCAGGCAUUUUUAUUACCAAUUUGUGAAGCAGCAGCUAUGAGAAAAGUGGUAAAAGUGUAUCAAGAAUGGAUUCAACAAGAGGAAAAGCCUUUGUUUAUGCAAGAGCCUGAAGAAGGUCCGCUCAUUUCUUCAGAUAUACCUUGCCUUGAAAACGUCACAGACCAUGAUAUUUCCAUAGAAGAUGGAGAAAAAAGAGAAGAGGAAAAUGGGACCAAUGUUUCUGAGCAUGUUCGAAAUUCUAGUUGGACCAAAAACGGUUCCUAUCAAGAUGCUUUUCAUGCCUCUGAAGAAGCCACAGAACAAAAUAUUCAAGCUGGUACACAGGCAGUUUUGCAGGUGUUCAUUAUAAACUCAUCAAACAUCUUUCUUCUUGAACCUGCAAAUGAAAUAAAAAAUCUUUUGGAUGAGCACACAGAUAUGUGUAAACGUAUUCUUAACAUUUAUCGAUACAUGGUUGUGCAAGUAUCAAUGGACAAAAAGACCUGGGAACAGAUGCUGCUCGUCUUGCUCAGAGUCACGGAGUCUGUACUGAAGAUGUCAUCACAAGCUUUUCUACAGUUCCAGGGGAAAAAAAACAUGACCCUGGCAGGUCGACUUGCAGGACCACUUUUCCAGACGCUCAUUGUUGCCUGGAUCAAAGCAAAUCUAAAUGUGUACAUUUCUCGAGAACUUUGGGAUGACUUACUUUCAGUAUUGUCAUCGUUGACCUAUUGGGAAGAAUUGGCCACCGAGUGGUCUCUGACCAUGGAGACACUAACUAAAGUCUUAGCGAGGAACUUAUAUAGUCUGGAUCUCAGUGAUUUGCCGUUGGAUAAGCUGAGUGAGCAGAAACAGAAGAAGCACAAAGGGAAAGGAGUUGGACAUGAAUUUCAGAAAGUUUCAGUUGACAAGUCAUUUUCUAGAGGAUGGAGUCGAGAUCAGCCUGGCCAGGCACCCAUGAGACAAAGAAGUGCAACCACCACUGGCUCCCCAGGGACUGAAAAGGCGAGAAGCAUAGUACGGCAGAAAACUGUUGCCAUGAGAAGCCGAUCCAUUGGUGAAUGUGCUCUGCCAUCGGCCUAUAUUCGCAGUGCUAAAAGUGCUCCUGUUCUGAUCCAUACUUCCAAACCCUUCUUGCCUGAUAUUGUUCUCACUCCCCUUUCUGAUGAGCUUUCAGAUAUUGAUGAUGCUCAAAUCCUUCCCCGUUCAACCAGAGUCAGACAUUUUUCACAGAGUGAAGACACUGGAAAUGAAGUUUUUGGAGCUUUGAAUGAGGAACAGCCAUUGCCUCGAAGUAGCAGCACGUCUGACAUCUUGGAACCAUUCACUGUUGAGCGAGCCAAAGGUGCAGUUCCUGUCGUUGACAGUUCAUCCCGCCAUGCUCCGAGCUUGCAGAGUUCCACAGAGGCUUCUUCAAUAACUAGAUCCACUGAAAGCCACAUCACUGAUUCUCAUAGUAGAGAGUCUUCUCUGGAAGUUGGUGAUAGCAUAUAUGACCAUCUCUGUCAUUUAAUAGGUCCAGUAGAACUUGCAGAUGCAGCUUUUGAACAAAUCCAGUACAUUGACCUUGAAGGAGACGAUGAUCUUCUUUCUUCCCUGAAAGAAUACUUUAAGGAAAACCAGGAAAAUCAUAGUAAAAGUGAGCUAGGUAAAGAUACAGCUUCUCAGAAGGUGAUUAUUGCAGUAACUAGAGAUGAAAUACCAUCUUUAGAUAAAUUAGAAUACAUAGGCCAGGAAAUAACAUCAGAAAAUCUCAUGUCUGUCGUUGGGACUCCUGAAAAUACAGCAUUUCCAAAAGAACCAAGCUCAGCUGUCUUCACGAGCACUCUUGCACCUAACCAGUCAGUUAGUUUCCUGAGAACACAAACUGCUGAAAAAUCUAAGCAACUCAAUCUUGAUGACCAGUCCUCGGAUCCUAGUUCAGAUAGCCCUUGUGAUAAAGACAAAAAGAAACAUCUGUAUAGACAAACAGCCACAGAAGUAGAUGCCUGUGUAGAUGUGACACUAGGUGAAAAGCUUAAGAGUAUACAAGUUAAUGAAAAAAUCACCCCAUAUAUAAUGCAUGCCAAGAAAACUGCACUAAAAGCACCAGUAAACCGCAGAAUGCCUCAUGUUUCCAACAUUAGCAAGCUUUCUCCAACUAAGAGGAGCUUGUCUGAAACAGUAACGCAUAGGGCCAAAAUCAUGAAAAUUGCUGCUAAGAAACGCAAUAGUGUUCAUGUUACUUUUAGACCGUCUACUGAGUCUGUCCAGUUCUAUAACCCUCUGGAAAACAAAGAGGCUCCAUGGAAGAUGAGACUACGGAAGCUCAGUGCCUUUAGCAGUAGUAGCAAUAGCAGUGCCAGCAACACACAGACCAGCUCAACUAGUGGUACAGACCUUGUAAAACUUGGUGUGUACAGACCUCUCGAUACGAUUGGUGCAGCAUCAGUUAGCAAACCAGUGAAGGAAUCCACAGAGAUUCCCACCACCACAUCACAGAAAGAAGGAAUUGCAAGUAACCAGUUAGGGAGCCGCAGUACUCUUAGGUCAUCAAGUCACGAGGCAGGACUACAGCAGGGCUCCCUGGGUGGCGUUUAUAAAACUGUUGUACAUGCUCUUUCGAAGCCGAAGGCAAAUGUUUCCCCACAGAGGCAGAACAGAAUGCCAGCAGAGGCUCCACUGAGGGAUCUGUACAGUCAUGUAAUGGGCUAUUUUGGAAGGAAAGCUGCAGUAAAUAAAGAGGAUACGAGCCCCAAACUGCCUCCUCUUACUAGUGACACUGGCGGCAGCAGUGCUAAUGUCCCUGACCUGAUGGAUGAGUUCAUAGCAGAGCGCCUUCGAAGUGGGAACGCCUCGACUAUGACAAGAAGGGGAAGCAGUCCAGGCAGCCUUGAAAUCCCGAAAGACCUUCCUGACAUUCUGAACAAACAGAGCCAGAUGCGUCCUGUUGAUGACCCAGGUGUACCCUCAGAGUGGACAUCUCCUGCCAGCGCAGGGAGCAGUGAUCUUAUGAGCUCGGACAGUCAUUCAGAUUCUUUCAGUGCGUUCCAGUGCGAUGGACGAAAAUUUGACAACUUUGGCUUCGGGACUGACAUAGGGAUCCCGUCCUCUGCGGAUGUGGAUUCAGGUUCUGGCCAUCUUCAGAGCACCGAGGAGCAGGAAGUGGCUAGCCUAACAACACUUCAUUUAGAUUCAGAAACAAGCAGCCUUAAUCAGCAAGCCUUCUCUGCUGAAGUUGCAACAGUUACUGGUUCAGAAAGUGCUUCCCCAGCCCAUUCCGCUCUGGGAUCCAGGUCACAGACACCUUCCCCAUCUACACUAAAUAUAGAUCACAUGGAACAGAAGGAUCUGCAGCUUGAUGAGAAGCUCCACCACUCUGUUCUGCAGACGCCAGAUGACCUAGAAAUCAGUGAAUUUCCAUCUGAAUGCUGUAGCGUGAUGGCAGGAGGUACGCUCACUGGAUGGCAUGCUGAUGUUGCUACUGUCAUGUGGCGAAGAAUGCUGGGCAUUUUGGGAGAUGUCAAUGCUAUUAUGGAUCCUGAAAUACAUGCCCAAGUUUUUGAUUACCUCUGUGAACUUUGGCAAAAUCUAGCCAAGAUCAGAGAUAACCUUGGCAUUUCAGCAGAUAACCUGACUUCACCUUCUCCACCUGUUUUGAUUCCUCCACUAAGAAUUCUUACACCUUGGCUUUUUAAGGCAACCAUGUUGACUGAUAAGUAUAAACAAGGUAAAUUACAUGCAUAUAAACUUAUUUGUAAUACAAUGAAAAGAAGACAAGAUGUAUCUCCAAAUAGAGAUUUUUUAACACAUUUCUACAAUAUAAUGCAUUGUGGAUUGCUUCAUAUUGAUCAGGACAUUGUCAAUACAAUCAUCAAGCACUGCUCACCUCAGUUUUUUUCACUUGGUUUGCCUGGUGCCACAAUGCUCAUUAUGGAUUUUAUUAUAGCAGCUGGGAGAGUGGCUUCUUCAGCUUUUCUUAAUGCACCACGAGUGGAAGCACAGGUUCUUCUGGGGUCCUUAGUUUGCUUUCCCAACUUGUACUGUGAACUGCCUGCUCUCCAUCCCAACAUCCCUGAGAUUGCUGUUUCUCAGUUUACGGAUGUGAAGGAACUUAUAAUUAAAACUGUCCUAAGCUCAGCGAGAGAUGAGCCCUCUGGUCCUGCACGAUGUGUAGCACUUUGCAGUUUAGGGAUUUGGAUUUGUGAAGAAUUAGUCCAUGAAUCUCAUCAUCCUCAAAUUAAGGAAGCUCUGAAUGUAAUUUGUGUUUCAUUAAAGUUUACUAAUAAAACAGUUGCCCAUGUAGCUUGUAACAUGCUUCACAUGCUGGUUCACUAUGUACCUAGACUUCAGACUUACCAGCCUGAUUCACCCUUGAAAAUUAUUCAGAUCCUGAUAGCUACUGUCACUCAUCUUUUGCCAAGUACAGAAGCUUCAUCAUAUGAAAUGGACAAAAGGUUGGUUGUAUCAUUACUUCUUUGCCUUCUGGACUGGAUCAUGGCCUUACCUUUAAAGACACUACUCCAGCCAGUCCAUGCUACAGGAGCAGAAAAUGAUAAGACAGAAAAAUCUGUCCUCAACUGCAUUUAUAAGGUGUUACAUGGGUGUGUAUAUGGAGCACAAUGUUUCAGCAAUCCAAAGUAUCUUCCAAUAAGCCUUUCUGAUUUGGCAUCUGUAGAUUAUGAUCCUUUUAUGCAUUUGGAAAGUCUGAAAGAACCUGAACCUCUACACUCUCCUGAUUCAGAACGGUCUUCUAAACUCCAGCCCGUAACAGAAGUGAAAACUCAGAUGCAACAAGGAUUGAUCUCUAUAGCAGCCCGUACUGUCAUUACCCAUCUGGUGAAUCACUUGGGCCAUUAUCCAAUGAGUGGUGGUCCUGCUAUGCUGACAAGUCAGGUCUGUGAAAAUCAUGACAAUCAUUACAGUGAGAGUUCUGAACUCUCUCCCGAGCUCUUUGAAAGUCCCAACAUUCAGUUCUUCGUGCUGAAUAACACAACCUUGGUGUCUUGUAUCCAGAUUAGAGCAGAAGAGAGUUUGCCUGGCGGAGGGUUAGCUGCUGGCCUUGUGUCAGCCAGUUCAAAUGUUAGAAUCAUAGUGCGGGAUCUCUCUGGAAAGUACUCAUGGGAUUCUGCCAUCCUGUAUGGACCGCCCAUUGUGAGUAGUGUGUCUGAACCUACAUCUCUCAUACUUUCAAUGUCUCACCAAGAGAAACCGGAAGAGCCUCCUACAUCUAAUGAAUGCGUAGAAGACAUAACAGUGAAGGAUGGACUUUCUCUUCAGCUUAGGAGGUUUAGAGAAACUGUACCAACCUGGUCUACAAUAAGGGAGGAAGAAGAUGCUCUUGAUGAGCUCCUGCAGUAUUUAGGCACUACGAGUCCUGAAUGUUUACAGAGAACUGGAAUCUCCCUCAAUGUUCCUGCUCCCCAACCCAUAUGCAUUUCUGAAAAACAGGAGAAUGACGUCAUUAAUGCUAUCCUUAAGCAAUACACAGAAGAAAAAGAGUUUGUGGAGAAGCACUUUAAUGACUUAAACAUGAAAGCCUCCGAACAAGAUGAACCAACACCUCAGAAGCCUCAGUCAGCAUUUUAUUACUGCAGGUUGCUUCUUAGUAUAUUGGGAAUGAAUUCCUGGGACAAACGGAGGAGCUUUCAUCUCCUGAAGAAAAAUGAAAAGCUGCUUAGAGAACUUCGGAACUUGGAUUCAAGGCAGUGCCGAGAGACGCACAAGAUUGCAGUAUUUUACGUUGCUGAAGGACAAGAAGAUAAAUACUCCAUUCUCACCAAUAUAGGAGGAAGCCAAGCAUAUGAAGAUUUUGUAGCUGGUCUUGGUUGGGAGGUAAACCUUACAAAUCAUUGUGGCUUCAUGGGAGGACUUCAGAAGAACAAAAGCACUGGACUAACCACUCCGUAUUUUGCUACCUCUACAGUAGAAGUAAUAUUUCAUGUAUCAACAAGAAUGCCUUCUGAUUCCGAUGACUCUCUGACCAAAAAAUUGAGACACCUAGGAAAUGAUGAAGUACACAUUGUUUGGUCAGAACAUACUAGAGACUACAGAAGAGGAAUUAUUCCUACGGAAUUUGGUGAUGUCCUCAUUGUAAUAUAUCCAAUGAAAAACCACAUGUUCAGUAUCCAGAUCAUGAAAAAACCAGAGGUUCCCUUCUUUGGUCCACUUUUUGAUGGUGCUAUUGUGAAUGGAAAAGUUCUGCCCAUCAUGGUUCGAUCCACGGCAAUAAAUGCUAGCCGUGCCCUGAAAUCACUGAUCCCGUUGUAUCAGAACUUCUAUGAGGAGAGAGCACGGUACCUGCAGACAAUAGUCCAGCACCACUUAGAGCCAACGACGUUUGAAGACUUUGCAGCACAGGUCUUCUCUCCAGCGCCCUACCAUCACUUACCUUCUGAUGCAGAUCAUUAAGUAUCAGUUCUGUUUAUCUGAAGGUAAGACAAAGUGUCAACCAAAGCAUCUUUUGUUCUUCUCCCAUUCCCUUUUUCCAGAACUAGCAAGCUCUGUGCUUGUAACUCAGACAGUAAGCAGACUUAACACUGCCCUGGUUCAUACUAAACAUUUCAAACUUUGUCACUAAAUUUUCCCCCAGAAUUAUACUAACUAACCCAGGUCUGCAUGAAACACUAACAUGGUUUGGGGAUAAAGUAACUAAUGAUAGGACUCCUUGACUGAAACUAGUUAUACCCUGUUAUAUUGACUUCUUUUGUUUGUUAUUUCUCAGCAUGAAAAGUAGCUGUAUUGAACUGACAUCAUGUGUCUUUGUAUUUUUGUAAUACAUUCUAUCUGGACUCAUCGUUGGCUUUUCUCUGUGUGCCUUGCACUGCACCAGGCCCCUGAAAUCCAGUGAUGAGUGUUGUGGUGAUGUCCAGGGGAAGCAGAAAGAGCAUAAUAGGAACUUGGCCAAAAUAAACUACUUCUCACUCUUGUUACAUCAGAUAUAUCUCUUUAUAUCAGAUAAAUUUAAAUGCACAACAAUUUUUAAACUAAUCUGUUUUUAAAUAGAAUUAUAAUUCUCAGUUGAAAUUUCAUUAAUGAAAUUAAAUCUUUUAUUUUAAUAAAUAAUUAAUUUGCCAUCAGAAAAAUAAUUUUACCAAAGAACUUAGAAACCUUUCAACUAAUAGACCUAGCAAAGAGAAAAUAUGUCGUGUAAGAUUAAAUCUUUUGAAAAUAAUAUAAAAAGUGUAAGAUUCACUUUCAUAGAUGGACACUAUAUAGAAGUGAUCGGUUUGGCAUUAAGAUAAAAAGGCAAAAGAAAGGAAAGGUAUCAAAGGUGAAUUACUGAACAGCAAAAUGAAAAUUGGUUAUGUAUACCUGGGUAUUGUCAUCGUUACUCAUCGAGACCAUCUCAUAAGAUGGAAGGCUAUAUUAAAGACUUUUAUAGUUAUGACAAAUUCUUAUCAGAAUGGUACUCAGUUCAACACAGUAAAAUCUAUAAUUACAAAACAGUACCUGAAGAAUAAUUUUUCUUCCAUUCAUUUCAAAUCUUUGUUCUCCUGUCAUAUUUCACCUCUUACAUAGAAAAUAAUCCUUUAUACUUUAAGUCAAAAUGAGAGACUUUGAAGUAAGUAUUUCAAUAAUAAUUUGGACCUGACUGCUUCUUUACAAAACUGACAUAGUAUAAUGUUUAUUGGAUUUUUUUUUUGACACAGAGUCUUACUAUAUAGUUCAGGUUAGCUUUGAACUCUUCUAAACACUAGGAUUAUAGGCUCGCACCAACCUGCACACGUAGCUAAAUUCAUUUUUUAAUUAUAAAGUUUGUUUGCUCCAUUCAGGAAAUGGAUUAUUACAAUUGAGAAUCAACUUUAGAUGUCCUGUGUAUAUAAAACAAUACUAAUCAAUAGUGAUAUACGUGAAAUUAAGUUUUUAAAAAUGCUAAUAUGCAGAUAUUCCUUGUAACCAACUCUUAAUACACUGUAUUUAGACUCAGUGGAAUAGUAUUGAGAACUAUAUUCAUAGGGGACUGGAAGGAUAGCCCCGGUGAUAGAAUGUAUGUUUACCAGACUCAGAGCCCUGGCUGAGCUCAUUCCCUAACUGGGGGUAGGGGGCAUGUAUGUGUAUUUAUAUAAUUGGCCUCAUCUGAAAUGUACUGGUUAACAGUAAUCGGCUAAUAGUGAUGACAUUUAAAUCUAAAAAUUUUUUCAUGUAACUUUAUUUAAAUAGAUGUGAAAGAUUUCAGUGUACCAUAAUUGACCCAUAAAUUACAUAACUGUGUUUUCUCAAAAUGUACUGUCUGUGGUACUAGACUGAUAACCUAAGGGAAAUUAUUUUUAUCCCUAAGGUCAUUGAGGGAAAUACUGUGAUGUCACACAAUGUUGAUCUUCCAUAACUACAUUAAAACAUUAUUAAAUUUUUCUUGUCCUUUAUUUUUUAAAAAAAAGUUACAGGAAAUUUUGUCUUAUCUUCAUCAGGCAUGAAUGUAGAAAAUAUCAAAAGUUUUUUAUAUAUAUAUAAACAUAUUUCUUUAAACUGUAAAUUUGAAAAUAAAAUUAUCCUUGUUCCUGGCCAGAUUUCAGUGAUAAUUCAAAAAAUUCAUACUUCCCUAAUGCUGCCUUGUUUUUUCAGCAUUUUCCUGGGGUUUUUUUGUAAUAAAAAUUAUACAAUGUUAUUGAGAAACAAAAUCCUACUUUGCUGUGUACAAUAAAUACUACUUAGUCUUUCUCAAUUUCAGCAUUAAAAAUAUGCCCAUAAUUCUAGUACUAUGUAUUUUUAUUAUAUCAACCAUAAAUAUGGUAUAGUAGAUCUGGAAUUACAUGUUAGCCUCUAAUACUACCUUCUUUUGGUUUUUUCAGCAGCUUAGCUAUUCUUUAACAAUUAAGGAGUUGACUAAUAACCUGAUUAUCUACAUGUAUGGACAUGAUAUUUCUAUAUAUACACCAUUUUUAUAAUUGCCUUUAGAAACUGUCAGUCUUGCUGUUCAUUCCCAUGCUAGGUGUUGCCAUAUGUAGAUAGGUUAGGAUGUGUGGCCUUUGGGUCUUUCUUUCUGAAUCUUUAAGGAGGGCAUGUCACCCAAAUUAGACAUUAUUUUAGGUGUGUUAAGCUCAGUGUCCUUUAAACACUAUUUUAAACUUUCCUCCCAGACAGUGAAAUAAUCUAAAAGAAAAUAUUUUAGCUCCUUCAGAAGAUACUUAUAUAAAAAAAACUAAACACUGGUUAUAAGUGCCAAUAUAAAAAUCAGUUUCCUUCAAUAUAUUAGCAUAAUCUAUAAGUUUGUUUGAUUCUUUUAAAAAAACAAGAUUCCUAUUCAAAUUUGUGUGUCAUUGGAUUAGUCUGAACUUGUAGACAGGCAAAUGUGUUCUUUUUCAGUAUCUUGAACUUAGAAAUUUGACUUUUAUGUUAUUAACCAGUAGAUAAAACUGACUUAAAUAGCAUAAUUUGUGGCAAUAAUUACUGGGUUCAGUUUUCAUAUAGAACACUCAUUUGAAUGUAAAACUUUGGUAAUGAAAGUAAUAAAUAGUUGAGUAUGAGA